AUGUCAAGCCACUCGUUCCAGCAGGGCCCCCGGUGUGGCGGUCGGAGCUUCAGCUCCUGCUCGGCAGUGCUCCCCCGGACGGUCACCUACACGGCAGUGAGCAAAAGCUCCUGCCGGGCAGGCGGUGGCGGAGGGCUCCGUGCCCUGGGCUGCCUGGGCUCCCGGAGCCUGUGCAAUGUGGGCUAUGGGAGACCUCGCGUGGCCUCCCGCUGUGGCCUGCCUGGCUUCGGGUACCGGGUGGGCGCCGCCUGCGGGCCUUCCCCCUGCAUCACCCCCGUCACCAUCAAUGAGAGCCUGCUGGUGCCUCUCGACUUGGAGAUUGACCCCACCGUGCAGAGGGUGAAGAGAGAUGAGAAGGAGCAGAUCAAGAGUCUCAACAACCGUUUCGUGUCCUUCAUCAAUAAGGUCCGGUUCCUGGAGCAGAAGAACAAGCUGCUGGAGACCAAGUGGAACUUCAUGCAGCAGCAGAGGUGCUGCCAGAGCAACAUGGAGCCCCUCUUUGAGACGUACAUCUGUGCGCUGCGCCGGCAGCUGGAGUGCGUGGCCGGGGACCGCACCAAGCUGGAGGCCGAGCUCUGCAGCCUGCAGAAUGCGCUGGAGGGCUACAAGAAGAAAUACGAAGAGGAGCUCUCCCUGCGGCCCUCCGCUGAGAAUGAGUUUGUGGCACUAAAGAAGGACGUGGACACGGCCUUCCUGAUGAAGGCCGACCUGGAGACCAACGUGGAGGCUCUGGUCCAGGAGAUCGACUUCUUGAAGGGCCUGUAUGAAGAGGAGAUCUGCCUGCUCCAGUCUCAGAUCUCAGAGACCUCGGUCAUUGUCAAGAUGGACAACAGCCGGGAGCUGGACGUGGAUGGCAUCAUAGCCGAGAUCAAGGCCCAGUAUGACGAAAUCGCCAGCCGCAGCAAAGCGGAAGCAGAAGCCUGGUACCAGUGCCGGUACGAGGAGCUGAGGAUGACGGCCGGAAACCACUGUGACAACCUCCGCAACCGCAAGAACGAGAUCCUGGAAAUGAACAAACUGAUCCAGCGACUGCAGCAGGAUAUUGAGAAUGUCAAGGCCCAGCGCUGCAAACUGGAGGCCGCCGUGGCCGAGGCGGAGCAGCAGGGCGAGGCGGCCCUCUCCGACGCCAAGUGCAAGCUGGCCGGCCUGGAGGAGGCCCUGCAGAAGGCCAAGCAGGACAUGGCGUGCCUGCUCAAGGAGUACCAGGAGGUGAUGAACUCCAAACUGGGCCUGGACAUCGAGAUCGCCACCUACCGGCGCCUGCUGGAGGGCGAGGAGCACAGGUGA